GGGCGGGGCGGGGAGGGCGGCGCGCCGGGCAUUCCGCGGCGCCCCCGCCAUCCGGCCCUGGGCAGUCCCCCCGGGUGCCCGGCUCAAGGGAGGGCCUGGGGGUGGGGCCCGGGCGGGGAGGCCGCCCGACCGGUCGGCCUGGAAGCGCGGGGAAGUCGAGCCGGGGAAUGAGUGCACCCCACCCCGCCUCCGCCCCCUUGCCAGUUCUGGAGGCUCCGGAAAGCCGGGCCUGGGCAGACGCAGCCCGGGAAGGAGACGCGUCUGGCAGCUGUCCGGCGUCCGCGGCUCCCAGGACUGUCCCCCGCCUCCAAGGCCCCGAUGCCGUGCCCUCUCGCCUGCCUCCGGUGGGCCCGGGGCCCGGCGCGCUCCUGGUCCAUCCCUAGCUCCCCGGCCGCGCGCUCCCCGGCAGCCGAGAGCGAAGACGAGGACGGCGGAGGGGGGCGGGGCGCGACGGCGGAGGCGGAGUCUCCCAUCCUGGCCCCGCCCUCCCCCACGGACUGCCUCAUCUGCGUGUCGCCCUUCGACAGCACCUUCAAGCUGCCCAAGCGGCUGGCCUGCGGCCACGUGUUCUGCCUCGAGUGCCUGGCGCGGCUGUCGCUGGCCACGGUGGGGGGCGGCGAGGGCGUGGCCUGCCCCAUGUGCCGCGCGCUGACCCGGCUGCCGCCCCGCCGCGGGCCGCCCGCGCUGCCCACGGAGGCGGGCCUGGUGCCCCGGGCCGCGCGGAGCCCCAGCCUGGGCCCGGACUCGGUCCGCUUCGACCGCCGCCGGGGCCUGCUGUACGUGCGGCCGGGGCCGGGGCCCGCCAAGGCCCGCCAGGGCGCCCCGCUGCCCGCCCCGCUGCGGCUGGGCCGGCCGCAGGCUCGGCCCCUGGGCUGGGACCGCUCCACCUGGGCCUUCCACGCGGCCGUGACGCUGGCCGUGCUGGUGACGGCGGGGCUCGUGGUCUCGGGCGUCUACAUCUUCUUCCUGAUCCCGCACUCCGCCGCCCCGGCCGCGCUCCUCCCCCGGCCGCCCCCGGCCAACUCCUCCGCGCCCCCCGAGGCGGAAGGGGCGGGCGGCAGCGGGGACGCGGACUUGGGGCUCUCUGAGCCGGCUGCCCCCGCCGCAGGCAGGGGAGGCGGGGCCUGGGCCCGCCUGGGGGGCGAAGGGGCGCGGCCUCCCCUCUUGGCGGAGCAGCAGCAGCGGCGCCUGGGGCCCCGAGUGUGAGCAGCAGCCAGGGAGGAAGCCCGGCCGCCCCGGGGUGCCUCCGGAAGCCAAGAAGACCUCUGUGAGUGGCCCUGGUCAUCUCCCGCCUCCUCGGGAUAUCGGACGGGGGCUCCCUCGAGGCAGGCCUGCGGCGGACGCCUGGCACAGGCAGGCACUCCUUGAGCCGUGCCUUGGUUUCCCCCUCUGGACAGGCUAAGGGGCGCUGCAGACCUCUUCAUUGGGAUGCUGCUGUUAGAUUUUGUAAUAAAUAAUAUUGGUUGGUUGAUUGACUGACGGACGGACGCGGCUGUCGGUCUUUCCCGGGACUACACAGCGGGCGGGACGGGUGCCAUGGCACCCGUCCCAGGCUGAGCUUCCCGCGGAUCUGCUCCGUUCCCGGCCUGCUCGUCCGGUCGCCCAGAAGGGGCGCUGAGCGCAGGCGCGGGCUUCUGCCCCCGGGCCUCAGUUUACACCCCAGACUGGCCACCAGCACCCGGGAUCCCAGGAAAGGAAGGGACGGCCGGGCCGAGCCAGGGAGGGGAAAAUGAGGCAGGCAGCCCCGCCAGGGUUAGGGCCACGGAGGAGGCGGGGCCAACAGGGAGGGGGAGGGGCGUUCCACGUGGAGUACCGCCUGGAGAGCCCCCCUCGCCCCCCGCGGAGGGUUCCCGGCCGCUUGGCUGGGGGGGCUGCGGCGGGC